UCACUCAGUGUUGUUUUUUUAGGAAAAGUUUUAUAAAUUUUACAAAUAUCUAAAAUGGCCGAUAAAAAUAAUUUAUUGCUGUUGUUCGAGCGUCCCAAUGAGCCUGUGUUCAUGGAAAAGGGUAAAACCAUUACGGUUUUCGAUAUACCCGACAAGUUUUUAACCGAACGUUAUCGUCCUAUUGGUAGCGAGGUGCAAACGCGUUUUGGUGAAAAGGCUGAAAAACGUAUUCCCGUACGUGAUAUAUCAUUGCCUGAUUUGCGCAUACCCAUGUCUUUGGGUCGCGAAGAACAAUUUUCAUUGUUUAUUCCUCGUCACAGACGUAUUGCUGGUCGUUUGAUUGAUAUUUUCAUGGGAUUACGUUCAAUUGAUGAUUUGCAGAGUGUUGCUGUUUACGCUCGUGAUCGUUUAAAUCCAUUCCUUUUCAAUUAUGCUCUCUCUGUGGCUUUGUUGCAUCGUCCUGAUACCAAGGGUUUGGAUUUGCCUUCAUUUGCUCAAAAUUUUCCCGAAAAAUAUGUUGACUCUAAAGUAUUUCGUCAGUUGAGAGAAGAAGCCUCAGUUGUCUCAGAGGGCAAUCGUAUGCCGAUUGUUAUACCUAGAGAUUACACUGCCUCCGAUUUGGAACCGGAACAUCGUUUGUGGUAUUUCCGUGAAGAUUUGGGCAUUAAUCUACAUCAUUGGCAUUGGCAUUUAGUAUAUCCUUUCGAAGCUGGUGAUCGUUCUAUUGUUGACAAGGAUCGUCGUGGAGAAUUACUUUAUUAUAUGCAUCAACAGAUCGUAGCUCGUUACAAUAUGGAACGUUUCAGUAAUAAUUUGGGACGUGUUGGUAGAUUAAAUAAUUUACGUGGUCCAAUUCCUGAAGGAUAUUUCCCAAAAAUGGACUCUUUGGUAGCAAGUCGUGCAUGGCCACCUCGUUUCGACAAUACUGCCCUUUCUGACUUGGACCGUGAAUUGGAUCAAAUUAAGUUGGAUAUUUCUGAUUUAGAGAGAUGGCGUGAUCGUAUUUUUGAUGCUAUAAGUCAAGGUUUUGUUGUAGAUGAAACUGGUAAUCGUAUUGCUUUGGAUGAACAGCGUGGUAUUGAUAUUUUGGGUAAUGUUAUGGAAUCAUCUACCAUUUCUCCCAAUCGUGCUUUAUAUGGUGAUCUUCACAAUAUGGGUCAUGUAUUUAUUUCUUAUGCUCACGAUCCUGAUCAUCGUCAUUUGGAAUCAUUUGGUGUAAUGGGUGAUUCUGCCACUGCCAUGCGUGAUCCUGUUUUCUACAAGUGGCACGCUUAUGUUGAUGAUAUAUUCCAAGAACACAAAAUUCGCCUGCCACCUUAUACUUUGCCACAAUUACAAUUUGAUGGUGUUACCAUAUCUGGUGUUCAGGUGGUAGCUGAUGGUGGUCGUCCAAAUAUUCUGUCUACAUUCUUCCAACAAUCUGAUGUUGAUCUAUCUAGAGGUAUGGAUUUCGUUCCCCGAGGAAAUGUUUUUGCUCGUUUUACGCAUUUGCAACACACUCCCUUCACCUAUACGUUAAAUGUGAAUAAUGCCAGUGGAGCUCAACGUUUCGGUACAGUGCGUAUAUUUUUGGGACCUAAAACCGAUGAGAGAGGACAACAGUGGUUGUUUAGAGAACAGCGCUUAAUGAUGGUAGAAUUGGAUAAAUUUGUUGUAGCAUUAAAUCCGGGUCAAAAUACUAUUCGUCGUCGUUCUACUGAUUCUAGCGUUACCAUACCAUUCGAUCGUACUUUCCGUAAUUUGGAUGAAAAUCGUCCUGCUGCUGGUUCUGCUGAAGAGUUGGAAUUCAACUUCUGUGGUUGUGGUUGGCCACAACAUAUGUUGAUUCCCAAGGGUCUACCCGAAGGAUUGCGCUGUGAACUUUUUGUCAUGGUGUCCAACUACGAAGAUGAUCGUGUUGAUCAACAAUUAGUUGGUUCCUGCACUAAUGCUGCUUCCUAUUGUGGUGUUCGCGAUCGUCUUUAUCCUGAUCGUCGAGCCAUGGGUUUUCCUUUCGAUCGUUUGGCUCGUGAAGGUGCUGAUCGUUUGAUUAAUUUCUUGACUCCCAAUAUGAGUAUUUUAGAUGUUGUCAUACGUCACGAUCCUAACAGAGUCGUUCAACGCCAAAAUUAAUUGAUUGCUGUUUGAAUACAUUCAUUUAUUGUCAUGUA